UCGUCCUGCUCCUCUGGGUCAGACUGAAGUUCAACAUGGUAAACGAUGACCUGUUUCGCCGUCUCAAUAACAGGGAGUAUAAAAACUGGAUGAAGGCAGGACGGUGUCUGAUCAUCCUGAAGGAGAACCUGGCUCCUUUCCUCAACCUCCAGAUGAGCGCGUUCCACAGGGAUCUGCUCAACCAAAAUGCGCUUUUACGCAAACACUGUGCGUCUUCGUGCAGGCCGAUCGGAAAUAUGUGCGCGGUGUGUUCUGAGUGGAAAACUGUGAUCCUGUCGCACCACAGACAACCGAAUACAACUGUCAACUGGGACAACUGUGUUCCGUCCAACUGGGGGACGAACCACUGGGAACUGGCCAAGGCUUUUAUGCCACGAGGUCAAGCGAAGGUGAAAGCUGCAGAUCAAUUCGACAUCGCCGCUCUGCUCAACCUCAUCAACUACUGUGACUGGUUUCAUUCCGUGGACCUAAAAGUUGUGCGAGAGGUGAUUAGACACAGGAACGACUUGAUGCACUCUCCUGACUUCCAUGUGAAGGACGAAUGGAUGAAACACUAUACCAUAACUCUGAGAAACCUGCUGCGUCAGUUCCGCCACGUCCCUCAGAUGGCGACGGCUGAGCAGCAGAUCGAUGAGAUGCUGGCUGCUGAUUGGACAAUAUACGUGGACGGUUUGGACCAAAUGGAUUCAACCAACGCAGACAUGGUGGAGGCGGAUUCUGACGGAUGUCACAUGAUCACCGCUGACUUAAUUAGCCAAUGGGAAAGGGAGCUGCUACAGGAGAGACUGGAAGAGCUGCUGGAUGAUGCAGAUGAUACCAAGAUACCAGAUGAUGAUCAGUUGAAGUGUCUGGGCGGUUUCCUGCAGGACAACAGGGAUUUAAGCGAGCACUUUUCAACAGAGCUACAAACCAUCAACUCACUGAGGAAAAGAUAAUAACAGGAAAAAAGAAGUGAAAGGAGAAUGAGAGCAUUAUUUACCGUGUGGACGCUGGGUGCACAUAGAGCCAUUCUGUUACCUCACAAAUGACGGGUGACAAAAUGUAACGAUCUUGUCGCUCAUGG